AUGGAUGCAGAGGCGUCUCAUCUGAGCUGGGCUCGCGGUCUCGAAUAUGUUUUGUCGGAUAGACCGGCUUUAGAUGCGUUCCGAGACUGGCUUGUGGAUUCCUCUGCUACUCAGGUGACUUCCGCUGAGUGUUUUGUUAGGAUAUUUGUCUCUUUUAGUAUCUCGAUUUGUAUUUUGCCGCGAGGGCAUACGAACGAAUGGCUCUAGAGUUCAAUCCCAAGGUUCCAUUAUGUACCGCUUUUCCGUCUGUUGACUGUAUUUUAAGACGCUCGAACUGGCUCGAUCCAUUUAUUCUAUGUAUAUAUCGAUGCGCACAGGGCUUUGUGAUCGUCUACCCAGCAAACUCCGAAGCCAUGUAAGUUUUCUCUUUUCUGCAGAGUUCUGGAUGGAAUCUUCAAUUUGACAGGUAGGAGAACGUGUCAAGAUGAUGACGACAGCGACUGAAUGCGAGCCAACUCUUUUUUCGCAAUGCUCCUCCUUCGCCGAAGACAUCCUGCGACGUCAUCACCAGCAAUUUGUGUGCUCCGACGAGUUCAUCGACGCCUUCAACCAUGUUUUCCGCGCCAGUCCCCAGCCUUUUCAACUUCGUUUUUCAGAUGUUUAUUAUGGAGAAUCCGAGCAGCAACAGUAAUACAAUAGACAAACGACACAGCAACACAUGGCGGAGAAGUUCGGCGCAAAGUACGACGCUGACGGCGGAGGCAUUGAUGCGUUCGAGACACAACAGGCAGACCACUCUCGGAGAAUCGUGAGAAGGACCUCAGCCUCACUUUUCUACUCACUCAGCUCAGAAAGCUCGAGAAGAUGUUCCCGAACGUGGUCCGACAGCCGUACGUUUGCAACGCAACGACGAGUCAAAACGAUUCCGCCGUUUCGUCAUCUUUUUCCAGCGACACCGGCAAGAAAUCUUCCAGGUGAGCGUCCCUUUUCGUUCCAUAAAAAGUCCUUUGAAUUAGGCUACGGCAUGUGAAGGAAGAACAGCUCCGUGGGAAUCCGAUCUCUCUAGUGGUCCCUGUGAGUUUCUUCCCCCUUUAAUUUAAAAAGCAUCAGUUUUCUAGAGAGUUGAAAAUAGUAGCAAGAACGAGAGCAAACAGUUCGACCAUUCUACAGAAGAUGGUGGGUUUUGGUUCUCUGGGAAACGUUGUCUUAGUCCCUUGUUUCAGGUAGAAGACAAUUCGCAUACGUUCUCUCGAAGAAGCUCUCACGUCUAAUUGAAACGAUAGAGAGAAACGACGAGACCGAACGUCAAAUCAACGACAUCGAGCAGUGCCGCUACACGGUUUGUUUGACAUUUUUCAUUUCUUGGAAGAAUUUUUUUGAAAUUAAUUACACACAAUCUUCUCAUUUUGAACUUUCUCUUUACGAAAUCAGAUGUAAAAAAAUUUUCACAGUAAGGGAAUUUUAAGUUUGUCAAAAAUCUGGAUUCGACGAAAACUCGCUGAGAUAGAAUUUUCUUUUUCUUCGUUUCUCUCUUUUUUUAUAAUUUUCAUUCGUACGUUUUUGGGUCAGCACUCGCGUUCUGAUAACGAUAAAAGUUUUGAACGUUCGAAACGUCGAUCCACUGGUGAAUGAAAAGAUAGAUUUUUCAAGAAGAAAUUAGUUUUCUAACGCAACGAGUGUAUGAUAUGAGUACUGGGACGGCCUAAACAAAGUUAUGAUUUUUUUAAGAAUGAAAAAAAAUUUUUUUGGUUUCUAAUACAAAAAGCUUCAAAUAUUAUUAAGUAAAUUCUCGUUCAGAACUGAAAUUUUUAUAUAUUUUUUUAUCCAAUCAUACAUAAAAUGGAACUUUUUCGAAUAGAAGGCGAAUAUAACUUUCCUGGCUAUCUCAAAACUCGACACUUACUUUUGAAAAAAAUUCUAAAUUCUAAAAUUACAUCUCUCCUUUUUCGCUAAUUUCUCUAAUCAUUUUUUUCAAAGUUUUUCUCUUUUCGCUGUUUUAUUUCGCCUUCAAUGCAACACGGUAUUGCAAAACUUUACGAAAAAGUUUCGAUAAACUGGAUAAAUCUCCCAAUUUUCGACACUCCUUGAAAGGUUCAAUAAAGUUCAGAUGUUGGAUGUGGUUUCCACAACCGACGCCGCUCGAAUAGAUUUCGACGAGGACGAAGACUUGGACGACUACGUUCGGAGGAUGCGCGACGAUUCUCUCAGAGCCAGCGCCAACCGAUCGCCGCCCGCGGUCGUCGUCGCCUCCAGUAAUACUUUCAUUUUCCUUAAAUGGACAUCCGGGCUUUUCAGGGACCUUCUCGCCUACCAAAGACCUUCCCAGCGCCAUUCAAAUGACCACCAGCUCCUACGGCACGGCGAGAUCUGCCAAGAAAAGUAGCGCGUUUGCGCCUCCGCCUCAGAACCUUCUAAAGUUCGACCACUCCUACUCCAAAAACAAGUUUGUGAACUUUUUUUGGUUUUUCAACUAUGAGUUUUUGAUGAACAGCUUCAUUUGUAAUAUUAUCUUUAUUUCGUUCUCACGAUAGAAAAAAAGAAUAUUAAUCCACGAGGAUCGCAGUCCCUUUAGUGGGAGCUCUUCUGAAUUUUUUCUGUUUUUGUUAAUGUUUUAUCACUUUAUCGAGACAGAAAACUCCUUUUUUUUUCCCUGAGCAUACGGCUUAUGAGGAGAAAUAUAAAAUUUAGGUGUGGUAAUUUUUUUGAAACAAAUCCCACAAAAAAAAUUCAAAAGUUUCCAUUUUUUGUCUGUAAUUCAACGGGUGUAUAGGUGAAUGGAAUAUACUCAUUUAAUAUAAAAGCUUUCGCAACUUUUUUUUCUCGAUAAAAAUUUUGAGAAGCAAAUCACUUAGGAACUCCAGAGUGUUCCGUAUAGGGGCAACUUUAGGGCCCUUGGAAGGUCCCCUCUAAGAAACACUUUAUCGAUCUCUCUUGAGGCAACUUAGGCAUGUAAUAGUGGUUGCUAUAGGGGUUGUACUUGAGCGUUUUUUAAAUGAAAUUAAAAGACCUUUAUAGGGUCGACCUGAUCAUUAGGGGCUAAGGGGUCAGACUUUAAAUCCCUAUAGGGACUACCUCAAGUUCACCCCUAUAAGGACCGCUUUUUCGGCCCCUACAGGGGCUUUUUUUUUCAUCCUAACCCCUAAAAGGAUCACUCUGAAAUUCCUACGUGGAGUAGUUUUUUUUUUAAAUUUGAUGUUCAUUGAUUGAUUGUUCGCUUUUAUUAAAAAUACCUGCUUCUUCGUCCUUUUGAGAAAAUGAUUAGUUUCAACAUCUUUUUUCUCCUUGAAAAGUCUUCCUUUACAAAGGGAUCGCAAUCGAAGCCAUAUGUACGACUCCUCGGGAAUCGGUUCGAUGGCGCCUUCGACGUUUUCUGAGCUUUCGGAGCCUCUGAGCCGCAAAUCGACCGGCUCCUCCUCGGCCCUGCGCCACCGUCCGUCUCCCGGCGCCUAUUCUGCGCGGAAGCCCAAAAAGCUAUCAUCCAACAGUUCCGCCCCACUAAUAACCAUCUCCUAUAAAGGUUUCAUAGGAAUAGUUCGGCUUUUAAAACCUUUUUUAAGGAUCUGAUGGUGUUCCAAUUGUGGCUCACGUCUCUCACGACGGCCCUAUGACGUUGCGCGAUUUCCGGCGGUAUUUCUCCAUCUCAAGCAAUGGAAGCGCACCGUUAGUUUUUUUUCGCUGACAGGAAUUGCGUUUAACAUCAAAAAAAAAAAAGGAUUGAGAAAAAGUGUCUUUUUUGGAAACGAACAGUUUUGUAAUCCUUCAUAAAGUUUAGAUUCACAGAAUAUUUUUUUGGAUCUAAAAUGAAACUGUGCAGGUUUUUCUUCAAAGCCGAGUGCGAAGACGGUUCUGCGCCCUACCAACUUCUACUCGUUUCUGACGACUCGCAGUUUCUGCCCGUCUUUCAAGUGAGACAUUUUCCUCCGCCAAAAGACCUCUAUCUUUUUGCAGGGAAAAAUCAGCGCAGAAGUUAAAGGUCGUUUGCCUGAUUGA